CUAAGCGAAAUAUAAAUAUGCCCUAAUAGUGAAAAACACAUUGGGUCCCACAUCUAGGCUCUGGGCUGAGGAUCGUCCUGAUCUUACCUCCAACACUUGGGGCUUGCUUGUUUCUCUUUGGAUCCUUGUUUGCUCCAAUAACACGAAAGUACAAUGGCACCCAAGAAGGAUGUGAAGAAACCAGCAGCUGCUGCCCCUGCAGCGGCACCGGCACCAGCAGCAGCACCAGCACCAGCCCCAGAACCUGUCAAACCCAAAGAACCAGCAUUUGAUCCGUCCAGUGUCAAGAUCGACUUCAGUAAGGAUCAGCAGGAUGACUUCAAAGAGGCUUUCCUGCUGUUUGACAGGACAGGUGACAGCAAGAUCGCCUACAACCAGGUUGCUGAUGUCAUGAGAGCUCUUGGACAGAACCCCACAAAUGCUGAGGUCAAGAAAGUCCUUGGCAACCCAUCUCCUGAGGAGAUGAACGCCAAGAAGGUUGAGUUUGAGCAGUUCCUGCCAAUGCUGCAGGCCAUUGCUAACAACAAGGACCAGGGCAGCUUUGAGGACUUUGUUGAGGGUCUGCGUGUCUUUGACAAGGAAGGCAACGGCACAGUUAUGGGCGCUGAGCUUCGUCACGUGCUGGCCACACUGGGUGAGAAGAUGAAGGAGGAAGAAGUAGAAGCCCUCCUGGCAGGACAGGAAGACUCCAACGGCUGCAUCAACUAUGAAGCCUUUGUAAAGCACAUCAUGUCCAUCUAA